CCUGGUCUUUGUGCGGGGCGGACCACGCCCCGGCCCCGGCGUGCUGCGCUCUGCUCCGGGGUGGGCUAGCUCACUGCUGCUGCAGCUACAUCCGGGCGCCCCGUUAGGUUUACAAGCCCUUCGAAGAUGGCGACUUCAGGGAGGAGUGCAUCAUUAUCCUCCACCCUAACGGGAGCUAAGAACUCAGUGGAGGGCUCUAACCCAGAGGAGGAUGACGGACAGAACCUUUGGUCCACCAUCCUGAGUGAAGUGUCCACCCAUUCCAGAUCAAAGCUACCGUCUGGGAAAAAUGUCCUGGUCAUGGGUGAGGUGGGAUCAGGGAAGACCACCUUGGUUGCAAAGCUCCAGGGAAUUGAGGAGUACAUGAAGGGGCGUGGCCUGGAAUACCUCUACUUCAGUGUCCAUGACGAUGAUGUUGAUGACCACACCAGAUGCAACGCGUGGGUGUUGGAUGGCGACCUUUACCAUAAAGGUCUGCAGGGCGUAGCCGUUCCGGUGGACUCGAUUGAAAACACUUUGCUGCUGAUAGCGGUUGACAUGUCGCGGCCGUGGAACGCCCUGGACUCUCUUCAGAAGUGGGCUGCCGUUGCUAGGGAACACAUCGACAAACUCAGAGUGGCCCCAGAAAAGCUGCGAGAGAUGGAGCGUAAAAUUGUAAAACAUUUUCAGGAGUACACAGAGCCGGGCAGCGGAGAGGAUGGAGCAUCACAGAGGAGGAGCGAGGAGGAGGAGGGCGUGCUGCUUCCUCUAGGGGACAACACACUCACACACAACCUGGGGAUCCCAGUGGUGGUGGUCUGCACUAAGUGCGACGCUAUCAGCACCCUGGAGAAGGAGCACGACUACAGAGACGAGCAUCUGGACUUCAUCCAGUCCCACGUCAGACGCUUCUGUCUGCAGUACGGCGCCUCGUUGCUUUACACGUCGGUGAAGGAGAUGAAGAACAUGGACAUCCUCUACAAAUACCUCGUUCACAGACUCUACGGCUUUCCUUUCCACUGCCUGGCUCAGGUGGUGGAGAAGGACGCCGUCUUCAUUCCUUCAGGCUGGGACAAUGAGAAGAAGAUCGCCAUCCUUCACGAGAACCUCCAGACGCUAAAGUCAGAUGACAGCUACGAGGACGUAAUAGUCAAGCCGCCAGUCAGGAAGAUCGUUCAUGAGAAGGAGAUUCAGGCCGAGGACGACCAGGUGUUUCUGGUGAAGCUGCAGUCGCUGCUUGCCAAACAGCCUGCUGUGGCGGCGGGGCGGCCGGUGGACACGGCUAGCAGAGCGCCCGCGGGCUCCCCGAGGACGAGCAAUCGCUCAGCAGCAGCAAACGUAGCAAACGCCAUGCCACAGUCAGGUCAGACGAGUGAGGGCGUGCUGGCCAACUUCUUCAACAGUCUGCUGACAAAGAAAGCAGGACCGGGGGCGCCAGGGACACCGGCUGGUGGGAACAACACUCCAGGAACUGUACGGAAGUCGGGUUCGAAGCUGGGCCUGAGCGACGUCCAGGCAGAGUUGGACCGCAUAUCCAGCCGCGAAACGGACGCCGACUUGUCCAACGCCAACGACGCCCACGCCACAGACGGCCAGGAAACAUGAAGACCAACUUUCCCCAACCUCAUUUCUCCCCUCUCCCCCACCUCAGUCACCCUCCACCUCCCUCCUUCUUCCCAUCUUCCUCUCAUUGUAAAGAUGAGGGGAGGAAACAGAAGGGUGGACUUACAGUUGUCGUAUUUUCACUUUCUUCUCAAGGAAAAAACUUGCCAUCUCUUCCCCCACUCCUCGCUCCUGCCCUUUCCUUUGUUCUUUGCAGCUGUUACACCAAGGAGAAGAGUCUGUCACUGUUACAUGCAAAAGCCUGUGUUCCACUGAGUACGUGGGUACAGGGGGACCAAUGGAGGAGGUGAAAGGAAGAGCAGGGUGGACUGAACCAGAACUUGACUUUGAGGUGUCCAUCCUUCUACUGCGAUGGUACGGUUUGGGUUUCUACCGUAGGAACUCUCGAGGACGCAUGUGGGAAGAAAUUGCACUUAGAUAAGAUAGUGUGUGUUUAAUGGAUGUAAGGAGAGUUGUAGUUGACUGGACGGACAGGUCGGAAACAGAACAUUGAAACAAACAUGCAAACAGUCUUCUUGUUUUUAGGAUGAAGGGAAAAGUAACCAGUAUUUGUGUGCGUGUGUGAGAGAGAGAGAGAGAAUGAGUCAGGAUAAUUGGGGAAACAUUAGGCAAAAUAUUUUGGGCAACAAGUGUCAGAAACACAACAAAGCCCAUACCCAUACACUACAAAAGUGCACACAUUCUGUUAAUACAACCAGCAGCUACAAAACAACCAAACAAGAAGGAAAUAAAACGCUGAGGUUCAUCAUGGUAACCUGCUCAGUAAUUGGCCAAACAUGGAGUACAAAGUUGUGCACUGAAUAGGUAAUUAGACGGUGGGUGGGUGGGUAGCCGAGCUUUACUUGUACAGAUGAAAAAAAACACUAGCAAUGUAUGUAGUUACUGCUGACGGGGUAGGGGUUAGGAAAAAGGGGUGGGGUCAGAAAAUGUGAGGGUCACAUCCAGAAUGUACAGUCAUCGUCUCGCUAAUUGGUCCUGUUAUUUCAGAGCUCCGUGUUGGCGUUUGUAUAAUCAGAUCUGUCAAUCAGUCCAAUUAAAAGAUGUAUUUAUUUGGAUUCAAA